UUGACAUUUCCCGCAGGGGACGUGGUCGGUCGGAUCGACGUAUUUUACUGAAAUUAAUUCGAAAUCAAUUAAUUUUGUUAAAAUUUUACCACAAAGGUGUUUUUAUUUGAAAUUUUAAUAGCUUUCUAAUAUUUGACAAUCAAUCAGUGUAGUGUAAGAGUUACAAAUGACGUGAAAUUAUUGUUUCGAAUUCAUCCAAGUACUCAGAUGUAAACAAAGAGAUUAUUAUGCGAAAAAAUGCGAUUAGAGAUUAGUACAACCAGUGGGCGUUAAUGAGUAGCCUUUUAGUAGGGUUUGUUAAGCAUUUUCGACGAAAAAAGCGAGUCAAAAUGAGUGGAGUGAGUCGCGAUGCGCCUUUGGGGGUCCAGUGUCUUCAGAGCCUGAGUGGUUCCCUAUUCCCUCGCCUUCAGUUCAACAGGCUACUAUUGUACCAAUCAUGUGUGCUGAUGCUGACAUUCUUCACGUACAUGACGUACCACCUGACUCGCAAGCCGAUCUCCGUCGUCAAGAGUGUUCUGCACCGCAACUGCAGUGGGUUCGUGCCACCGCCAGGAGUCGACCCGGCGGAUGACAACUGGUGCGACUGGCCGCCAUUCAACACGACUGACGCAAAUACUCUGCUGGGCGCUCUGGACUCAGCAUUCUUGUUCUCCUAUGCGGGCGCCAUGUUUGUUUCUGGUAUGGUGGCUGAGCGCGUGGACCUCAGAUACUUCCUGAGCCUGGGCAUGCUGCUCUCGGCAGCUUGCUGCUACAUGUUUGGAGUCGGCUACACUUAUGGCGUGCACAGCAUCGCGUAUUAUCUGCUGGCUCAGGCGGGGGCGGGCAUAGCACAAACGACUGGCUGGCCGGGCACGGUGGCCAUUGUGGGCAAGUGGUUCGGAAACUCCAAGAAGGGACUCAUCUUCGGGAUAUGGAACUCGCACACUUCACUCGGGAAUAUAUUGGGCGCGCUCCUAGCAGCAGAAUACGUGGAAACCAACUGGGCGUUGUCAUUUAUAUACCCAGCGCUGGUGAUGGGAGUGGUAGCACUCUUCGUAUUCCUGUUCCUACCGCCAGAACCGAAACAUGUGGGCAUCGUGCCGAGUUCGCCACCCAGUACGAGAGACUCGCCGUCUAGACAGUCCCGUUCCGACGACGAAGAAGAGCCAGAGCCCGCUCAAGUGAUAGUCGGUGAUCAGACGGCGAGCCUCCGGCCUAACAGGCACUCGGCCAACAACCCACCGUACUCAUCAGAAGACGCUACAGAAAGCACAGCGCUGCUCUCUCGUCGUCCGUCCCACUCGCACGGCAGUAGCGCCGUCUCGCUCUCGCGCGCGCUAUCCAUACCGGGCGUGAUGGAAUUCUCUCUCUCUCUCUUCUUCGCGAAGCUCGUCAGCUAUACGUUCUUGUAUUGGCUGCCUAUGUAUAUUAAGUCUAGCACGCACCUAACUCCCAAGCAGUCAGCCGACCUAAGCACAGUGUUUGAUGUGGGCGGCAUCGUGGGCGCCAUCGCGGCUGGCCUUCUGGCCGACCGCAGCCGCAGCCCUGCUACUGUGUGCGCUGCUUUUUACGUGCUGUGCGCGCCCGCGCUACUGGUGUACCAGCGAUGGGGCGCCACAUCGUACGGAACCAACGUGGCGCUCCUAAUAGUAGGUGGCGCCUUAGUCAACGGGCCCUAUGCGCUCAUUACCACUGCAGUCAGCGCCGAACUAGGUACCCACAGUUGCCUGGCUGGUAAUGCCCAAGCUUUAGCUACCGUCACUGCCAUUAUUGACGGGACUGGGAGUCCGUCUAGACAGUCCCGGUCCGACGACGAAGAAGACCCGGAGCCCGCUCAAGUGAUAGUCGGUGAUCAGACGGCGAGCCUCCGGCCUAACAGGCACUCGGCCAACAACCCACCGUACUCAUCAGAAGACGCCACAGAAAGCACAGCGCUGCUCUCUCGUCGUCCGUCCCACUCGCACGGCAGUAGCGCCGUCUCACUCUCGCGCGCGCUAUCCAUACCGGGCGUGAUGGAAUUCUCUCUCUCUCUCUUCUUCGCGAAGCUCGUCAGCUAUACGUUCUUGUAUUGGCUGCCUAUGUAUAUUAAGUCUAGCACGCACCUAACCCCCAAGCAGUCAGCGGACCUAAGCACGGUGUUCGAUGUCGGCGGCAUCGUGGGCGCCAUCACAGCCGGGCUGCUGGCCGACCGCAGCCGCAGCCCUGCCACUGUGUGCGCGGCGUUCUACGUGCUGUGCGCGCCCGCGGUGACACGAGUAGACAGCCACACCCACAAUCUAACCCCCAAGCAGUCAGCGGACCUAAGCACGGUGUUCGAUGUCGGCGGCAUCGUGGGCGCCAUCGCGGCCGGGCUGCUGGCCGACCGCAGCCGCAGCCCUGCCACUGUGUGCGCGGGGUUCUACGUGCUGUGCGCGCCCGCGCUACUGGUGUACCAGCGCUGGGGCGCUACGUCGUACGCGACCAACGUGGCGCUUUUAAUCGUAGGGGGCGCCUUAGUCAACGGGCCCUACGCGCUCAUCACCACAGCAGUUAGCGCCGAGCUAGGUACCCACAGUUGCCUGGCUGGUAAUGCCCAAGCUUUAGCUACCGUCACUGCCAUUAUUGACGGGACUGGGAGUGUCGGCGCGGCGCUGGGACCAAUGCUAGCGGGAGUGGUGUCAUCAACAGGCGACUGGUCGCGCGUGUUCUACAUGCUCAUCGCCUGUGACGCGCUCGCGUUGCUACUACUGCUCAGGUAAAGACUCCUUCCCACGGCGAUCC